GUCAGACCAAUGAGGACCUUGGAGAUGACUAAUAUCUCUGGGUCUGUGACUGAGUUCGUCCUCUUAGGAUUUCCCUGUCGCAGAGACAUCCAGGUCCUCCUCUUUGUCAUCUUCUCCCUCAUCUACCUUCUGACUCUCAUGGGGAACACAUCCAUCAUCUGUGCCGUAUGGUCAAGUCGGAAACUCCACACACCCAUGUACAUCCUCCUGGCCAACUUCUCUUUCCUGGAGAUCUGCUAUGUCAGUUCUGAUGUGCCCAAAAUGUUGGCCAACAUCAUCUCCCAGACCAAGAGCAUCUCCUAUGCUGGCUGCCUGCUCCAGUUCUACUUCUUCUUCUCCAUGUGUGCUGCUGAAGGUUUAUUUCUGUCAGUGAUGUCUUUUGAUCGAUUUCUUGCCAUUUGUAGACCUUUGCAUUAUCCCACCAUAAUGACCCACCGCCUGUGUGCUUGGUUAGUGGUCUUCUGCAGGGCAGGGGGCUUUCUCUGGUUACUAACUCCUUUGACUCUAAUAUCUCAGGUGCCGUUCUGUGGUCCAAACACCAUUGACCAUUUUCUUUGUGAUCUUGCCCCUUUGCUGGCAUUGUCCUGUUCUUCAGUAUCUGGAAUUACUUUGAUCUGUGGUAUCAUUAGCUCUCUCAUCAUCUUUCUCACUUUCCUAUAUAUCCUUGGCACUUACUUUUGUGUCCUGAGUGUGGUGCUGCAGGUACCCCCAGGCUCAGGAAGGCAUAAGGCUUUCUCUACUUGUGCCUCCCACCUUGCUGUGGUGUGUCUGUUUUAUGGGUCAGUCAUGGUGAUGUAUGUUAGUCCAGGUUCUGGCGACUAUGCUGGGAUGCAGAAAUUUGUGACCUUGUUCUAUGCUUUGGCAACUCCAUUCUUUAAUCCCCUGAUUUACAACUUCCGGAACAAAGAUAUGAAGGAGGCACUGAAGAAAAUUCUGAAUCUGUUAUUGUGGGAAAUCUCUAAAGGAUUCAAAAGUUGA